AUGUCGAGCCAUUCCGACUCGAGUCAUCCCAACGGGACCCCGCUGCCGCCACCUCCUCCUCUCCCACCCUUUGCCAGCGACAGCUUCUUGGCUGCGACGGACUCGCUCCCGUACAAUCGCAGCUCUGGUCGCUCUUCCGCUGACCGCUCGGACGCAAUGGACGUGAUGGCGCAACUGGCCUCGCAGUACUAUACGCCCAGUCGCAAUCGCUCGUUCUCGGCGCCGAUCCAGCCGUCGGCACUGGGAUCGGCCUGGGAUUCGUUCGCUGACGACUCGUCCGUGUCCGCUGCAGCUGCUGCUUUGCACCACCAUCAACAUCAGAUGGUGGCUCUGGAUCGACGACCUUGUCAGCCUCCGCUUCCUCAAGGUCCACCGCCGCCGGUGCUCCACAUUCGGGUACCGUCUCUUCCAUCAGGUGACGAGAUGGCAAUCGGAGCAAUUGAUCGAGCCGUGCAGUCGCUGCACUUGUCCUGUGAAGAGACCGAUGAAAUGAGCCAGCAGCAGCAGCAGAUGUUUAUUACGUCGAGCCCAGGUGGAACAGGCGCGCCGCUGCCGGCCACGUUCCUCCGCACGAUCUGUGACCAAUUGGAGUACUACUUUUGUGACGAGAACUUGCUUGGAGAUCUCUUUUUGCUGAAGAAUAUGAACAUGGAUGGAUACAUCAAGAAGGCGUUGGAACUUUCGACCAAGCUGUUGCUCAACGAAGACGAAAGCAUGGUGUGUCGGAAGGAGCCAUUGGCACCGAAUCAGACGUACCACGGCAAACUGGCUCGUACAGCCAUUGCGUACAAUUUGCCGGAAGAUGCGUCCGUCGCCUCACUACGCGAGACUUUCCAAGGAUGCGGCGAGAUUUCGUAUUUGCGUCUGCUGAAAAAGAACACGACAACGGGUCGUAACGCUGUACUGAAGCCUCCCAUCGCGGCGGGUGAGACGUACGCUAUCAUCGAAUUCGUUGACGACGAGAUGACCAAGCACGCAGUGCUGACGCUAUCGGAUCAGUACAACUGGCGCACGGGCAUGCAGGUGGUGCUCUUUGACGGCACAAAUUGUGACAAACUGAAGCAGAAAAUGUUUCCGGUGGAACUUGGCGGGGACCGUCGUCGUGCGAAAUCAGCCUCGGCUGUCACCCGUCCCGUGCACGUGGAAUCGGUUGGUGAGGGCCUGGACGACCUUCGUGAAGGCAAGGUGAACACGGGUACUGUGUAUUCAAUUCGUGGUGCAGGCGGACUCAUUACGCCCACACGACAGGAUUCGGCCUGUAUCUCGUUCCGUCUCAUUCCCGAUGAGGACGGGAAUGUGGACAUUCGGCAGGGCGACUACGUGUCGUUCACAGUGGGUAAGAACAAAAAGAGCGGUCGCAAGUAUGCGAGCAAGGUCAAGCUCGAGUUUCGUCCACCCGCCAAUUUGACGGGUGAUGCCGACAACGGCGGUGACUUGAGUGGUUUGGCAGCAUUAAGUGGAAGCUCGGCAAGUGGAACUGGGCAGAAGGAUUACUUUGCGCCGUCUCCGAGUCGAUGGGAGUCGCGCAGUCGCGCAGCGACGAUGGGUGCUCCGCAGCAGCCGGCAGCUUUCCGUACCCGUUCGUCAUCGUCGGGUACACGAUCGAAGCUGAACCUGGCGUCGCCACGGAUGGCGCAGUCGCCCGUGCACAACAACAACAUUGGGGGCAACGUAUUGGUGCCGCCUCCUCCUGGCAUGGGGCUGAAUGGCAGCACGCAGCUGUACCGCCAGGCUGUUGGGCCGGAUGGAACACGAGGCUUUGGCUUUCGCCUGACUGGUGGUGAGCCACCAGAGAUGGCACCGGAGUUCAAGUUUCCGGUAACGGAGCGUCGGAGAUCACGCUCAUCGGGAGGUGCUUGGUAG